AUGGGCUAUGCGCUGUGCUCCUUGGGUGUUCUGAUCCUCUGGAUGCUGCUGAGCUUCUACCGCACCAUCUACCCGGAGGCUGACGACUGGGAGAUCCUCUUCGACUGCGCGGCCGGCUACGGCUUGGGUGGCAGCACCGUUGCCAUGUUCGGCCGUGUCGGCGGAGGUAUCUACACCAAGGCCGCCGACGUCGGUGCGGACUUGGUCGGCAAGGUUGUUGCCGGCCUGGAUGAGGACGAUCCCAACAACCCCGCCACCAUCGCGGACAACGUCGGCGACAACGUGGGCGACAUCGCCGGCAUGGGCGCGGACCUCUUCGGCUCCUUCGCCGAGAGCACCUGCGCGGCACUGGUCAUCGCGGCGGCCGCAGUUUCCGGAUCCCACAACACCUUGUCCGAGGCCGGGUGGGACUCAAUGCUCUUCCCGCUGGCCAUCUCGGCGACCGGCAUCGUGAUCUGCAUCAUCUGCGGCUUUGUGGCCACCAACAUCUCACCCGUCAAAGAGGAGGGCGACAUCGAGACUGUGCUGAAGGUGCAGAUGGUGCUCACCGCCUUCCUGAUGCUGCCGGUCAUCUACUACCUGGCAGUUGUCUUGCUCCCUCCGGAGUUCCGUUUGGAGGGCGUGCGUCUGACUGAGGACGGACACCCGGCCAAGAUCACCGGAAGCCCUUUCAAGUGCUUCAUCUGUGCCACCAUGGGCUGCGUGGGCGGUCUCAUCAUCGGCCUGGUCACGGAGUAUUUCACCUCCCACAGCUACGUGCCCACUCGUGAGCUGGCCGCCGCGUGCAAGUUCGGCACCGCCGUGAACAUCAUCCAGGGCUUGGCCUUGGGCUACAAGAGCUGCAUCGUCCCUGUCUUCGUGCUGUCCUCGGGCAUCUUCGUGUCCUUCCAGCUCUGCGACCUCUACGGCAUCGCCCUGGCGGCUUUGGGCAUGCUCGCGACGCUCUCCUGCGGCCUCACCAUCGACGGCUUCGGCCCCAUCUCGGACAACGCAGGCGGUAUCGCGGAGAUGGCGCUCUUCGGCCCCGAGGUGCGCCGCCGCACGGAUGCCCUGGACGCCGCCGGCAACACCACCGCGGCCAUCGGCAAGGGCUUCGCCAUCGGCUCCGCCGCCCUGGUCUCCCUGGCCCUCUACGGUGCCUUCGUCGUGCGCCUGCGCGUGAAGACCGGCGUCAACAUCCUGGAGCCCGUCACCUUCGCCUUCCUCAUCAUCGGCUGCAUGAUCCCCUACUGGUUCGCCGCCCUCACCAUGAAGUCCGUCGGCAAGGAUUUCGCGGUGGUACUGCUGAUGGACA